AUGGUUUCGAGUUCAGGAAGUCGAGAGGCAGCACCUGACAUGCAUCAACCUCAUUCGCGAGCAUCUUUUAGGGUCAUGAUCAGAUCACGAAUCAAACAACCACAAUUUUAUUGGUUUUUAGGUCAUUUUUUUACAUUAUAUCAUUUUGUUAGGUUUCAUCUUUCAAUAUUUUCUGUUAAAUCACAGGUAUAUCAUUAUAAAAUGUCAUUGUUUUAUAUAUCAAUCACUUAUGGAAUUGUUCUAUAUCAAUUUUAUAAGAGUGGACAAUUGAAACUAGAAACAACAAGUUUAAGGCAUAAGAUAAAAACGCUGGAUAAUUUACAAUAUUUUAUCAUGUUAACUGCAUUAUGGGUAUGUUCAAUAAUGACAGAUAGUAUUGUAUUGAAUGGAGUUACAUAUUCUCCAGUAAUUUAUUCAUUAUUUCAUUGUUUAAAUUAUUUUAAAGAAAAUUUAUUACCUUUCUUACCGAUCAAUAGUUCAUUAAAAAAUUUAAUGAAUAAUAAUAUUACUAGAUUUAUUUCUACAUAUAAUGCACAAUUUUUAGCAAUGGCUCAAGUAAUUGAAAUUAUUUGUAGUUUACGUUCUGGUAUGAUAGAUUUACCCGUUGCAUUGUUCAGAUUUUUAACUAGAUUUAAUUUAGUAUCAAUUUUAAAACUAUGGUCGAUUAUAAUUUAUAUUUGGUUCUUCAAAUUAAGAUAUUUACAAAAUGUUAGAAUAAGAGAGAUUACAGCUCAAUAUAUUCAACAAUUAGAUCAAUUAUUAGCUACAAAAUUACCACCAAAUAUUUUAACUAAAUGGUAUGCUUAUAAACAAAUUGUCAAAUCUGUAUUCAUGAUGUUACCUGUGUGA